CAGAUAAUGCCCGUGUGGGCUUUGCACGAAACGCUUAGACUCUCUUUUUCUUCUUUUUACUCGACUCCAAUAAAUAACAAUCGGUAUACGAUAGCUUUCGUUCAUUCCUUGUAAAAUAAUCUUUAUACUUUCUUAAACUAUUUCAACCUCAUGUGCAACGAUCAUCGGGACAGAGACGAUUCUUCUGAUGACGACUUCCCUGAGUCUUUGUUCCAUAAACUAUGUGAUGCUCAUUGCCAUCCUCACGACGAUCGACAACACCUCCAGGACAUUGCACAUGUAAAGACGGGCCACAUGACCAUCAUGGGAGUACGUCAGGACGAUUGGGAUGUCGUACAGCAGGUCGCUGAGCGAUGCAACUCCAAGGACCAACCAACCAAGUGUGUCCCCGCUUUCGGACUUCAUCCAUGGUUUGUGUAUCGUGUCAUGGCCAAAGAUGAAACCGAUAAAGAAGCGCAUUAUGAAACGGUUCUCAGUGCCACGAAGCCCGAAGAGAAAGUCGACAUGAUGAAGGCACUAGAAGAACCGUUCGCUUUCGAUAAGUGGUACUCCAAUUUGCGUGAUCGUCUCAUCAAGAAUCCGCGAGCAAUUAUUGGCGAAGUAGGGCUUGAUCGUGCCGCGCGGCUGUUGCCUGGAGGAGCGAUCGAAUGGCAUGGCGUCAAACCGACGACAGUGCAAUGCACAAUUGAACACCAGCUCGCCAUUUUGUCAACCCAGCUGGAACUCGCGCGCGAACUCAAUCGCAGUGUCAGCAUCCACUGUGUCCAAGGGCAAGGCCAUUUACUGACACUGCUGCAACGUUUGGGCGACAAGAAGCGUCCAGUCCGAAUUGAUCUUCACUCUUACGGUGGCUCCGCGGCUACCAUUGCACAAUUCAUGCAACUCAAAGGUUACGAGGUGUACGUCUCUUUUUCAACCGCCAUCAAUGGUCGACUGCCACAAAAAAAGAUGACGGAUCUCAUCAAAGCGGUGCCGAAAGACCGCUUACUACUGGAAUCCGAUCUGAAUAAACCGGAAGGCUUGGAUGACAGUAUGACGGCAAUUGCACGUCUGGUAUCAAAAGUCCACGAAUGGACAUUGGAGGAGACCGUACAGCAAACAUUUGAGAACUGGCAUUAUUUCAUUGGCCAUACAUCUGAAGAAUAGAAUGAUAUAUAGUCUGUGACGAGCACCCCUUAUAUCUUGAUAGGCAAUUUUUUGGCUGUUUUCCGUCUGUAUUUUUCUUCUAAUUCGCGCGAGUCUUAUUGCGCUUGUAAUAUAUAUUUUCAAUUAGUCUGCAGCAGA